AGCCGCGCAGUAAGUCACGGCCCUACACGGGCAGGGAGCUUGGCGGGGCUGGGGCUGCCAGAGGGACGUGGCCCAGAACCGGGAAGCCACUGCAGUGGGAAGACCCUGAGUCCGAGGUCCUAGAGAGGAGCUGCCCGACUCCUUGUGUGCAGGGAGGCCUCAGCCUCAAGGUCCUGGCCUCGAGGGAGGGCCCUGUGGAGCUCAGGCCGCUAGGCUUCUGCUUCACUCACUGUCCCGCACGUGCUGAGGGCUGCCUCCCCCAUCCGCCAGCCUCACACCCGUGCACCUGGGGGUCUGUGCAUGUCUCUGUCUUUAUCCAGGAGGAUGCUGCACUCCUGGACCAUCGGCCUUCUCCUGCUGACCACAGUCAGAGGAAAGGAGAUCUGCUACAGACCUUUUGGCUGCUUUUCCGAUGAAAAGCCAUGGGCCGGGACCCUUAAGCGGCCGUUAAAGUUAUUUCCCUGGGCCCCUGAGGACAUCAAGGCCCGCUUUCUUCUGUACACAAAUGAGAAUCCAAACAACUACCAACUGAUCAACGUCACUGACCUAGCUACCAUUGAGGCUUCAAACUUCCAACUGGACCGCAAGACACGCUUCAUCGUCCAUGGCUUCCUAGACAAGGGGGAGGAGAGCUGGCCCACUGAGCUGUGCAAGAAAAUGUUUAAAGUGGAGAAGGUGAACUGCAUCUGUGUGGACUGGAAACAUGGAGCCCGGACGCGAUAUACCCAAGCAGUCCAGAACAUUCGCCUCGUGGGAGCAGAGAUAGCUUUCUUAGUACAAGGGCUGUCGAGCGAGCUGGGCUAUGGCCUCGAGAACGUGCACCUCAUCGGCCACAGCCUGGGCGCGCACGCGGUCGCGGAGGCGGGCAGGAGGCUGCAGGGCCGCGUGAGCAGGAUCACAGGGCUGGAUCCGGCAGAGCCAUGCUUCCAGGGCAAUCCCAAGGAGGUUCGGCUGGACCCAUCCGAUGCCAUGUUUGUGGAUGUGAUUCACACGGAUACUGCUCCCAUCAUCCCUUUCCUAGGUUUUGGAAUGAGCCAAAAGGUGGGCCAUCUGGAUUUCUUCCCCAAUGGAGGAAAGCAAAUGCCUGGAUGUCAGAAAAAUAUCCUUUCAACCAUCAUUGAUGUAAAUGGACUAUGGGAAGGAACCCAUGACUUUGUUGCUUGCAAUCACCUAAGAAGCUACAAGUAUUACUCAAGCAGUAUCCUCAGCCCCGAUGGCUUCCUAGGCUACCCAUGUGCCUCCUACAAUGAGUUUCAGGAGAAUAGCUGUUUCCCUUGUCCAGCUGAAGGAUGCCCCAAAAUGGGGCACUAUGCAGACGAAUUUCAGGGGAAAACCAGAGCUGUGGGACAGACCUUCUUCCUGAACACAGGAAGCAGCGGUAACUUCACUUGUUGGAGAUAUAGGGUGUCCAUCACACUGGCUGGAAAAAAGAAAGUGACUGGGUACAUCAGGGUUGCUUUGUAUGGAAGCAACGGAAACUCAAAACAAUAUGAAAUUUUCAAAGGAUCGCUCCAACCAAAUACAAGUCAUAUGCAUGACAUUGAUGUGGACCUCAAUGUUGGAAAAAUCCAGAAGGUCAAAUUCCUCUGGAACAACAAUGCAAUAAAUCUCUUCCAGCCCAAACUGGGAGCCUCUCAAAUCACAGUGCAAAGUGGUGAAGAUAGGACUGAGUAUAAUUUUUGCAGCAACAACACAGUGCAAGAAGAUGUUUUACAAACUCUCUACCCUUGUUAAAAAUAGUACCCUCUUUGUCUUUGCAUUAAUAAACUUUUUAAUGCCCUCAGUUUGA